AUGCAUAUUGAAUCAAUUCCAAUGAGAUGGGGUACUGGUAACAAUUAUUCAUAUUUAUUAAUUGAUGAACCAACUAGACACGCAUGGAUAAUUGAUCCAGCCGAACCAAAAGAUAUUGCAAAGUAUUUAAAACAGUAUAAUCCAAAAUUUGAGUUAAAAGCAAUUGUAAAUACUCAUCAUCAUUAUGAUCAUUCAGAUGGUAAUGUUGAAUUUCAUUCAAAGUAUCCGGAUUUACCAAUUAUUGCUGGUAAAGAUUCUCCAUUGGUUACUUAUACUCCAAGUCAUGAAGAAAUUAUAGAUCUUGGUGAUAAUUUAUCAAUUGCUGCAUUACAUACACCAUGCCAUACUCAAGAUUCGAUAUGUUAUUAUGUUAAAGAUAAUAAAACUAAUGAAAAAGCAGUUUUCACGGGGGAUACAUUAUUUAUAAGUGGAUGUGGUAGAUUUUUUGAAGGUACUGGUUCUCAAAUGAAUAUUGCUUUAAAUCAAAUACUUGGUAAAUUACCAAAAGAUACCAAGACAUACCCAGGUCAUGAAUAUACUAAAUCAAAUGUUAAAUUUUCAAAAACAAUUAUAAAUAAUGAAGCAAUUAAAAAGUUGGAAGAUUAUGUAAAUAAUCAUGAAAAAACUCCAGGAAUUUUUACAAUUGGUGAUGAAUUAAAAUUUAAUCCAUUUAUGAUGUUACAUGAUCCACAAGUUUUGCAAAAAGUUGGAGAUAUUGAUGAUUCAAAUUAUGUUAUGGAUAAAUUAAGAGAAAUGAAAAAUAAACUAUAA